AUGAACAAGUUAGGAGCUGUGACAAUUCACGCCGAUUGCUUCCACCUUUUCAACAAAUAUUGUCAUGCCGACGACAAAUACGCGCGACUAUGGGUGGCUGCCAGAAGAAUAUUUCCUGUAAGGACCAGCUUUCGCGUCGAGCAACACUACGACCCGGUCGCGUCCCAGCAGCUCAACAUCGUCUUCGAACUUCUUGGGCUUGAGACGUUGCCUCUCAAUCUCUUGAGAGACAUUUGGGACCUUGACCCUACCUCCUCUCACGUUGUUGCCAGGUUCUGCUCUGUUCUGCAGCUUGCCACAGAGAUGAACUCUGCUCCUACGGUCCCCAGUACCUGUCCUCUCGAGCAGGUACUUUUCUGGAAACGCGGCCAAUAUCAUAUUGUUCAUAAAGACAUAGGAUACGAACUGCCGUUUGUUCGACUCACGCUGGAUUCUCGCGGUGUUAAGAAGCUCCAAAGGGUGGAAACUGCAGACAUCCCCAGAUCUGAUACGGAAGCCUACGCUGUCCUACACGUAUCCAAGGCUUCAAACAUGGACGCCGAUUUUCGUGUGAGUAGUUGGAUAGAUGAUAUUGCCAAACUUGGACACGCUUUUACUAACGUUGGAUUGAUCAAGUUUGGCGUAUGCCAAUGUGUGCAUUUGCCUCCAGAGUAUAACGAAUAG